ACUGCGCAGGCGCACUGCGGACGCUGGCGGCGGUCGCUGAGGGAACGUGAGGCCCGGGAUGGAGAGCUCGGCCUCCGACACCGGCAUGGCGGCGGCACCGGCACCGGCACCGGCACCCGACAGCAAGCCGUUUAGGCCGGAGGAGGUCAGGAUUAUCCUUGAAUCAUUGCAGCAGCCAGCAGUGUUUCUUAAUAUGGUUUCUGACUGGCCUGCGCUGAGGUGGACGAUCGAACAUCUUUCACAAGUGCUUCAUGGAAAAGAAUUAACGUUCAGGAUGGGCAAAAGGAAGGCCAAUAAAGCUCCACAAUUUGAGACCCAUUGUGACUACAUUCAGGCCACACUGCAAGAGUUUUUAGUCUGGCUUCACGGUGAAACCAAUUCCUCACCCGGACCUUUCGGCCCUUUCCCUCGCUCUCAAUAUUGGGCGUACGCGGACUACAAGUACAUCGCCGUGACGUUUGAGGACAACGCUGAGCUCUUUCAGGAUGUGAUCUGGUCUGACUUUGGAUUCCCUGGAAGGGAUGGACGAGACAGCACUCUGUGGAUCGGCAGUGAAGCGGCAAACACACCCUGCCACCUGGAUUCCUACGGAUGCAAUCUGGUGUUUCAAGUGCAAGGAAGGAAAAGGUGGCACUUAUUCCCACCAGAGGACACUUCCUUCCUGUAUCCCACCAGAAUUCCUUACGAAGAAUCCAGUGUAUUUAGCAGUGUGAACAUAGUCAACCCUGAUUUGGAGCGUUUCCCUCGAUUCAGCAGAGUCCGGCCGUAUGUCGUGACCUUGAGCCCAGGAGAGGUCCUGUUUGUCCCCAGACAUUGGUGGCACUAUGUGGAAUCCUUGGAUCCUGUCACCAUCAGCAUUAACUCCUGGAUAGAACUGGGCGAAGAUGAUGAAGCCAGAGUUGGGGAGGCGUUGACUCGGACUGUAGUCUGUGCUCUGAAGUCCACUGAUCAUUCUACUGACACUGCCAGCUGGCUGAAUGCCACCGAGGAUGCAGUCACGUCGUAUGAAUCGAACCUACGCUACAUCAACCUGGCGCUUCAAGCCUGUUUAGACAAGGCAAAGACCAGCCCUCCAGGCAGCAGAGAGGGGAGAGGCCAGUGGACGCACGCUUCACCCGCCCUGCCAAAGAAAAGGAAAGGUGAUCCAGGAGCAGGUGGACAGAGGGACCUGGCAGAGCCGAGAGAUGUCAAUGAUGCAAACGUCUGCUUUGGACCCAACUUGGUUCCGGUCUGGCAAGAAGAAGCAGCAGCUUCAGCAGAGGUCAGAGUGUCUGAGGAUCACCCUGCGGACAGCAGCUUGGAAGCUAAUCACCAAGGCCUGCACUGCCAACCCAACCCUGCCAGUGGUGACGGGACUCCGAUGUCCACUGAUGAGUUGAUAAACUGUUUGGUCCACCCGGACGUGAUUCACUUAAUGACUCAGAUUCUGCUGGACAGGCAUCGCUCCCAUUAAUCUCACCGUCUCUCACUUACUGAAGAAGGGUCUCCACCCGAAACAUCACCUAUUCCUUCUCUCCAGAGAUGCUGCCUGACCCGCUGAAUGACUGCAGCUUUUAAUGUCUAUCUUCAGUGUAAACCAGCGCCUCACUCACUUGCCUUUGGUCACAGGUCACUUGUCAGCGCUGGUUUUGGAAAACUUACCAUCAAUAAGACGUGUGUGUCUCACUGUAUUAAAAGUCGUAUGGCAUGGCUUGCAAAUGAAAGUCAA